AUGCAUUUAGGAAACACGGGCUUGCCGGUGACACUGUCCACCUUGACCCCAGCUCCCGCUGGAACUUCCAGCUGGCCACUGACCGGUAACACUGGACGCCCGCCCGUCCCCCUGCCCCCGCCGCUGCGCAGACCUCAGCGCUCCCGGCGCGGUUCGGUUCCCGGAAACUCCUCGAUUUCCCUGUUGCCGCCGCGUUUGCAAGAAACCGAAACCCAGAUUCCGCCCCUCCGGCGCGGCCCCGCGGAAACCGGCGCUGGGGCUGACCCCCACUGGGUGGCCGGACCCAAGCCUUCCCCUACCCGGCCCCUGCGCCCUGCCCCACCGCCAGCUGCGAGGCCCAGGCGGAGGUGGGAGCCAUCUGAGUGCCUGCGCGCCGAACCCCGGCGGGCAGCGUCAGUCCAGCAGCUCAGCACCACCCGCGCCUCCAACGGGAGAGCCGCGGGUCUAACCCAAGUCUCAGGCUGCAACGAAUGGCAGUGCCCCGGCGAGGGACGCAACGCGGCCUUCCCCUGCGGCAAUUUACAGAAGCCGGCCAGCUUGGACCCGGCUGCUCACCCCGACUCACCCCCCGCCUGGGCGGAGCAGGAAUGUGGAAGUUGGCCCGAAAGGACUGUGCCCCCUCCCCGUCAAACACCCCCCGCCCCCCACCAAGUUCUGGCCAGGGCUGUGGAGCGUGGGUCACCUGGGGGCGAAGGACUCCACAUCACGGUGAAGUGGAGGUGCUGCAGCCCCCACAAAGACCAAGAAGCCUGCCAGGAGAGCCCCGGGCGAACGGCAGUGGGCGUGGGCCGUUCUGCAGCACCCAUUGGCGCGGGGGAGGAGAGUGCUGAUCCCAUCAAUACCCGCUCCAGGUCGCGGCCGCUGGGCCUGGCCCGGGAGCCUCCCCCGGCCUCCGGGCCCCACGGGACUGACGGGGAGCUGAGUUCUCUUUCCUCCCAACGGCGGUGUUUAUAAGAAAUGAAGCUCCGCAGCGGCCAUCAGCGGCAGCCCACACUGUCACCCCGCCCCGCUCUCAGGGGGUUCCGGAACAGCCCUGAGCACUGGAGCAAUUCCUUGGCUCAGUAUUCCAUCAUGACCCCCUAGUGAUUUUCCAGCCAGCUUCAGCCCCCCAUUCCGCAUUUAGGAAUUUUAUAACAAUCCAAUGUUUAUUCUGCUGUGUCAUACAGCAUUUUUUGCCAAACCUUUGAGAGGGGAGGGGCUGGUCUGGUGCCCCAGUGUAUCUCCAGGACCAAACCUGGGGUUCACUGAAAAGCAGGCCUGCGUGCGAUUCAUAUAUGUUGAAUGAAUUAAGGGACUUUCUUUCUCCCCAAUUAGGCUCCUUGCAAGCAGGGUGAUGACCCUUGGAUUCUGCCUUCAAGCUUUUGGAUGCUUUUAUUUCUGGCUUGUGUUCUGCAAUUCACAGUUUAGGACUGCCUGCCUCCCAGGUUUCUGUGAAAAUAGAGAUGAAGGCUUUGAGCAUUUCAGAGAGCCCUACUACUUCUGCACCUGCAAGGCUGGAAGGCAUGCUGGGGGGUGCUUGUCUGCUUUGGGGACUGUGGCCCCCUCUCUGGGUAGCAGGCUCCACAGGUAGCAGGUCUCCCAGUCAAAAACCUAGUUCAGGUCAGGAGCGGUGGCUCACACCUGUAAUCCCAGCACUUGCCUAUAAUCCCAGCACUUUGGGAGGCUGAGGCGGUGCAUCACCUGAGGUCAGCAGUUGGAGACCAGC